ACGCCAUGAAUUAAUUGAAUCCAAAAUGGCUGAAAAUUGUACAGAAGAGCAAACGCCGUGAGACCCGUGUGUUUUCAUAUCAAUUUAUGGUAAUAAAACCACCAAUCUAGCAAAUAAACAAUUGCAUCCCCCGCGAAGCAAACACAAACAAAAUGCCGAUGGUUUGCAAUGUGUGCGAGCACGACGAGAAAUUGAGAAGUUAAGUGGACGUAUAAAAUGAAAGUUGUGUUGUAGUUGUCGCUCCGUGAGAAGAUUGCUGCGAAACGCAGAGAAAAUUUUUUUGCAAGCAAGCGUCAAAUCGAAUUCGAAGGUGAAAUUAAAUUUCAUUCAAACUAAAAGCCAACUAAGAUGACUCUAGCCACUGUGAAACAGGCACAACAAUAAUAAAUUCUAAGCGAAAGCGAAACUAAUUCUGUGGAAAACGUAAGUUGGCGUUGUUUUGUGGCUGCGCUACCUCAAUUACCGCCCGCCCGCGCUCCCUUCAGCCCGUUCCGUUACUUUCGUAGGUCGCGCGCUCGUGUAUUUGUGUGUAAUUUUAGUGUGCGUGUGUAUGCAUCGGAAUGGAUUAAGGAAAUUCUCAAGAUAAAAACCAAUUUGUAAUCCUGCAGCGCAAAAAAUGUUCCACAAGGGCAGCUGCUGCUGGUGAGAGACCCUGUCUAUAAGCAAGUGAGCUAUAAUUAGCCUCUACGGCCGCCCACAUCUACCAACCACACCCACGCGGAUACCAUAACGGAAGAAUCAUACCUCUCCAAAAAUGGAUUUGGACUUGGAUCAUCAUCUGAAGAACGACUUUCUGCCGCUCAUCGCCGGCAUCAAACAGGAGCUGUUGGACACGGGGCCAUCGGAUGGCAUGCCGCAAAUGAAUAUGCAGAGCGCGGGAACGGCCAGCAGCGGCGCCGCAGCCACCACAUCCACAUCCUCGUCGAGUGCAUCUUCUGUGGGCAAUCCAUGUGACAGCGCCGAAAAACGGUCGGAGUCCAACUCGUCAGCCUCGGCCAAGUUCGCGCUGUUCAAGUGCGUCUACUGUGCACAGCUGCUGGGUUCCAAUGACCGUCCCAAGCUGCUGGAGUGCCUCCAUGUGGCCUGCUCCCAGUGCGUGAACACAAAGUUCUCGGAGCUGGACCGCUCCCUUCCGCCACUGAUACACUGUCCGGUGUGCGAUACUGGCUCACAGAACGAGUUAAUUGUGGAUAAUCAGUUCCUGAUCGAACAGUGUGCCGCUGGCGAGAGCGGCGAUGGCAGCGGCUCGGAUCUCGGACAGAAGAGCGCCCCGGCCAUUGUACAGUGCAGCAGCUGCUCGGACGGAGCAGCGGCCACGUCGUGGUGCGUGGACUGCUCGGAGUACAUAUGCGACAGUUGUGUGCAGGCCCAUCAGCGUCUCAAAAUCACCAAGGACCACACAAUCAAGCCAAAGGACGAGGCCAAUAACGAACAGCUCGCCGGCACGUCCGGCGUCGAUAAGCUGCACAUGUGCCAGCUGCAUACACAGGAGAAGCUCUCACUCUUCUGCGAGACCUGUGACAAGCUCACCUGCCGCGACUGCCAGCUGAGCGAUCAUCGGGAUCACAAGUACAAGUUCGCCCACGAAAUUGCCACAGAGUCGCGGCAAGCUCUCUCCACGCUCGUUUCUGAGAUUAACUACAAGCGUUUUCUGCUUUCGUCGGCCACCAAGGUGAUCGACGAUCGUCAGCAGCUGAUACACGACAAGAAGAAGGACCUCAUAAAGGAGAUCACCGCCAUGGCGGUGAAGAUCACCAACACGGUCAAUACGCGCGGCAAGCAGCUGAUCAUGCGCCUCAACGAAGUCUGCGACAGCAAACUGAAGGUGCUCGUGGAGAAAAAGGAGACGCUGCAGCUUCUCUCCGACAACACGGAUCACUGCAUCGAGUUCAUGCAGAAUGCCCUCGACAAGGGCAGCGAUUUCGCGAUACUCUCCAGUAAAAAGUCGCUGGUGCGGCAUCUGCAGAAGCUCAAGUGCCAGCGGGCUGACAUACCCAAUCCAGAGAUACCCGUGCGCAUCCAAGUGCAGCUCAAUCAGGUGUCCGAUCUGCAGAAAGUCAUCUCACAGCUGGGCAUCAUCAUUGUCGAUGGCAAGCCGUAUCCGCCGACAGCCUCUCCAAAUGGCACGCCCCAACCACCGCCGCGACAGCCGCCCAGCCCGAAUAUGGCACCGCCAUUGCGUCCAGGCCUGCCGCCGGGCAUGUCAGCUGGCCUUUCGCCCAACGGGCCACCCGUUAACUUUGGGCCACAGAACGGUCCUCCCAUGUACAGCACUGCUGCGGCCCAGCAGCAGUUCAACAAUCUCUCUGCAAUGAGUCGUUCCUUUCCGGGCGAUGGACCAGUACGCUUUGCAGGUAUGCCACCAGUGGGCAUGCAACGACACGGCCAGCCACAUGUAAGCUCCUCCACACAUCCGCAGAAUAUGGACAUCAGCCUGCGAGGUCUGUUGAACAAUCAGGCAGCCCAGAGUCCCAAUGCCGGGCACAUGGGUUUCAAUGGUCCGCCCAGCUAUCCGGGUGGACCGCAGGGCGGUCCCUCGCCAGCCCAUCAACAGAUGGGGGGACCGCAGAUGAGACCGCAUUUCAUGGGCGGCCAGCAGGGUUUCUCACAGGGCGGUGGCGGAGGACCAGGCGGCGGGCCCAGGGACAACAACUUCAUGAGCAGCAAUGCAGCACGCUUUCAGUCGCAGUACCAGCGCAUGGCGAGCCAUGCCCAGCAGGCGGCCGUAGCUGCCAUGGCCGGGGCAGGUGGUGGAGGCGGACAGAUACCGUCUCCCGGGGCACUGCAGCGCCCACAAAUGAUGCAAAAUCCCAUGCAGAAUUCGUUGGGGUUUCAUGGGAGCCAGGCUGGCUUUAAUACCGGCCCACCGCAAACGUCGCCUCAGUUAGGCGGCGGCAUGCACAGCCUGGCGAAGUGGCACAUACCGCAAUCCGCGCAGCAGUCGAGCAUGUGUUCUCAGCAGGGUCCCCUUUUGCCGUUUGCCAAUGGCCGCCAGACAUCGGAAAAUUUUAAAAUAUCUUUGAAAUCGCCCAACACGCUCAAGAACAGUACACCGCCCAGCUUGGGAUUGGGUGUCCCGGGUGGUAUGCCGGGCCUAGGCAAUGGCUCGUCGAUUAAUGCGCAGCUAAAUGCUGCCGCCCUAGGGCUUGGCCCCUCCGUCUCAAUACUCUCCAAUGUCACCUCGACAAAUCCAAAGACACCCAGUCCCAGCACUCAUGAGAACACCAAGGACUUUACCGAGCCCAUUGACAAGGUGCGCGAUGACUCCAUCAACGAUCUGAUAGCAACCAUUGCCAAGCUGGACUCUAAUGGGGUGCAAGUGUUGCCCGAGGGCCGUACAAAGACCACCUCGCCGCAGGUGCACAGCUCCACGGAUCUGUCAAACACGCAAGAAGAUGACCCCAAUGAGGAUUGGUGCGCCGUUUGCCUGGAUGGCGGCGAGCUAAUGUGCUGCGACAAAUGCCCCAAGGUUUUCCAUCAGAACUGUCACAUACCCGCCAUCAGUUCGCUGCCAGACGAGAGCGAGAGCUGGCAGUGUCUGCUGUGCGUUAAUCUCAAGGAGCUGACCAAGAACGACGGCACCGGCACCACCACCGACAAGACAUCCCAUCCGGGUGAGCUGAGCAGCCUGGAGCUGAGGAUAUUGCAGCGCAUUUGCCUGGAGCUGUACUGUCAGUAUGAGCAGAGUCUCAACUUCCGUGAACCGGAGUCACCGGCCAACACUUCCUACUACGAGAUUGUGUCCAGUCCCAUGUCCCUGGAUGUGAUACGCACGCGUUUGGAUCCCUCCAGCCCCAAUCAUUACAAAGAUAUUGCUGGCUUUGUGACCGAUGUGCGUUUAAUAUUCUCCAACACAUAUCUGUUCUAUCAGGACACGAAAACGUACACCAAUGCCAAAUACUUGGAGAAUUUCUUUGAGGAGCAACUGGCCAAAUGGCUGCCCAAUUUCGAGGGCAAGGUGUCUGGCAAGGGCGGCAGCGCCUCCAGUUCGCCCGCUCUGCUAGCGGCGGCGGGCAUUGCGGCUGGUUCGCCAUCACCCAUCGAGAAUGGGCGCAAAAGCUGCGGCUCGGCCUCGUUGGGUGACAAUGAUGGUGCCUGCUUGCCGGCCAAACGGCCACGAAGGACUCUGCACGAAUAGGACGAACUUUUGCCCGGUCAAAAGGGCAUUGACGAGCAGCAGCCGGGGCCGACGGCGCAGCAUUUAGGAAUAGGACAGGCAGGUCAGCAACAGCAGCAGCAACAACAGAAUACAACUUUUGACAUGGAGACGGAGCUGGAUUUCGAUAUGCUGCAGCGAUCGCAAGGUCUGGGCAGCACCGUCAUACAGGAGAGUGCCGACUAUGUGCUCCAGCUUCUGCAUGCGUAUGCAGCCGCUUUUGGACUUUAAAAAUGUCACAAAGCUACAUAUCCACCGUACUCUAGUGUUGGGUAAACAUCGUUAACAGAUCGAACUCAAAGGAAUGAUUAACAUGAACUUAUUCAGUUCGUUUACCCAACACCACCGUACUCUACUCAAUCCGUAGUCUUCACUGUAUAGCCGUUCGCUUCCACCCUGAAACUUGAGAUACACGUUGGCACUUCUAAGCUCUCUAGCGAACAAAACCGAAAUAUGUAGGUGUUCCCACAUAAAUGUCUAGUGUUAAAUCGCAUCUGUAAAUAACCGACGCCAAGUCAUUUGAUAUGAUUUUAUUUUGACGUUCAAAGGAAAUGGUUGAAUGUAUGUAAACUCCGUCUCUCCAUUGACAUGAUUAGGUACAUCAUUAAAUAAAUACAAUCUAA